UGCCAUCAGAAAAAUCAUCCAAGGCUUAAGGGAGAGAACUUUGAUAAGAACAAAGUCAUAUAUUUUCGUUUAGAAGCAUUGGCUAAGAAGCAUGGAUGCACUCCUGCUCAACUUGCUCUUGCAUGGGUUCUUCAACAAGGAGAUGAUGUUGUACCUAUUCCAGGUACGACCAAAAUUAAAAAUCUCCAUGACAAUAUUGGGGCUCUGAAAGUGAAACUCACAAAAGAUGAUUUGAAAGAGAUUUCUGACGCAGUUCCCAUCAACGAAAUAGCGGGAUCGAAAAGUUCUUCUGAGGUUGUUCAUCAGGUCUCUUGGGAAUUUGCGAAGACUCCACUCCCAGAAUGAACUAGCAAAAUGGAUAAUUCUUCGUCUAUUACAUGUUGAAAUAAUCAGAGUUCUAGUUUUGACGAUAUAUCAUGUUGUUUUGUCUUGUUACAUUUAAUCCAUUCUGAGUUUUUCUAUAUUCACUAAUUUGUGUUGUCGUAGGUUAAUAUUAUUUAUAUCUUGCAAUAUCCGUCCCUUUUCUCCAUAUCAUUAAAUAUCUGAGCUCACUUGU